AUGGCUGAACGCCGGAUACUCCCCGGCCCCGAGCAGAAUUUGCCCGUCCACCACCCGGACGCCCUGGACUACCAGGCGCUGUCGCUCAUCCUGGGCGAAGCCCUCGAUCGCAUCGGCCACUGGUACGUGCACCUCAUCUUUACCUACGACUACGAAGUGAAUGUUCUCCGAACGGAUUGGUCGAACCCGGGGCUGCGCCACACCAUCCUCGACCUGCUCAGGCGCACGCAGAUCUCCGACCUCGCGGCGCUCCAUAAGAACAAUAAGGACUGGCCGGCGGUCUUGUACCGGAAGGAACGCUCGCUCGCCGGCAACCUGACGGAGCUGCUCCUGACCCACGUUACCACGGAGGAGCGCGAGGAUCCGCUCAUGUGCGAAUUCCGCGAACUGUUCCCCACUGGCAACAUCACGGUGGGCACCUCCUUUGCCACCUAUCACACCCCCUCCACCUCCGCCUCCGCCUCUGAUGUCUCCACGGAGGUGCUGCGCGGGUUGCAGCGACUCGGUGACCAGGAACGAGCCCGAAAUCGCAGAGGUCGCAGAGCUCGCCCGUCGAACCUGAUGCUGUGUAUCACGAUCGCCGAGAACAUGCAGAUCCUGCGCAUGCUGAUCCCCCACCCGGGGAAGACCAUGCUGAAGCUCUGGGCCGAUCCGUUCGAGUAUCCGGCCUGGCAGGAUCACUGGCCUUGGGGUGGGGAGAACCGUAUACCCUCCCAGGUCCGGCUGCCACGACCCACGCCGGCGGAUGCUGCCCCCGUCGCCAGCCAGCGAGCGAUCGGGCCAGACGAUAAGUGUCCCAUCUGUUACGGUCAAUUCCACUCCGACGACCCGGAGGAGGCGAAUAUGCCCGUCGUCUGGUGCGCGCGCUGCGGGCAAAACUUUCACGGCGGCUGUCUGUCGACCUGGCUGGGCCGCGCGGGCACAUGUCCCUUGUGCUCUCGCUUGUGGCGGACGGGGCGGACUGGGUAG